AUGGUUGCGCGCACGUUGGAGAUUUAUGACAGAAUUUCGUCACCUCUGGUCACGUCGCUACUGACGACGCACCCAAACCAAGUGACUUUGGAUGGUCGCACACCAGAUCUGUGGUCUUCAUGGUGGGGCUGGGCAGCUGAGUACGACCAGGAACCUCCAAAAUGGCAGCAGUUGUUGUCGUACUAUUGUCGUCCCAUUGAAAGCCCAGCUGAGAAUGGGAGGCUGGAGAUCUCGGAAUCCGUGGGUCGAUUCCAGACCAAUCUUCUGGGCACUGUACUAAUGAUCAUUCCUGCAGAACUUCGUCUCCUGAUCGAUACAGUGCGCAAUUUACAACUUGACCGGGAGCCUCUUUCCGUCCCUUCUCCCCACAUGCCACCCAAAACUAGGGGACGGUCACCCUCGUCGUUCGGGAUGUCGCCCAAGAAGGAACACGAGGUCACCCGCAUGGCGACAUUCGUUCAUACCCUCCUCAACCGUGAUGGGGCCCGUUGCCGAAACGUCCAGCAUGUUGUUGAUGUAGGAUCAGGACAGGGGUAUCUUUCAAGGGCCCUGGAGGAACAGGGCCUGCACGUUCUUGCUCUCGACAACAACGAAAAUCAAACGUCUGGUGCUAACGACUGGAAAAUCAAGGAUGCCCUCCGAAGAGCGCACGAGCAGCGUCGCAACAACGCACAGAGGCACGCGAGCACUGCUAGUCCCGACGUCAAUGCAUGCCCCUCACAGACAACUCCAAGCUCUCAUAGAAAAGGAUCGCUUACUCACCGGACCGUCCACAUCCAGCCGACAUCCCUAGAAGCGGCAAUCCAAGAUUGGCUCCUGAGCAGCGCGUCCAACACCUUUGCUUCGACCCGAGACCCGAUCCCGAUCAUGUUCGUCGCCCUGCACGCAUGCGGGUCCCUCACUAUCGAUGUUCUUCGUACCUUCUUAUCACAUCACAAUAAAGUCGAAUGUGAACGCUGGUGGGAACCCCAUUCGCUGGUAAUCGUAGGUUGCUGCUACAACCUCAUCUCCCCCUCUGACUUUCCCCUGUCGGAACCCCUACUCUCACUAUCCCCACGUCCGACUCUCCCGAUAGCGGCACUGCACUUAGCAACUCAGGUGCCCGCCCACUGGUUCAGGACAGAGCGAGCAGGUAAGACUGCUCGUCUUGCCGUCCGAAAAGUCGUGUAUCGGGCGUUAUUGCAACCCGUAAUGCAGCUUACUGGUAAGUGCAAGAAGGAAUCACCCGAUACCCAAGAUACCAUGAGCCGCGAAGAUGCCCAAGGGUCGAUGGCGCGACUAGGCCUUGGAGAAACACCUGAGAACAGGAGAUUGGGCAAGUUAAAUGAUGCUUCAUACGCAGACUGGAGCACCUUUCUCGUCAGCGCGACGACCAAACUAGGUAUUGGCAUCCCCGAUCUUACUCGCAUCUUUAAACGACUACGGAUGGAGAGUCGGUUGGAGGUUGUACAUGUGUUGAGGUGCAUACUUGGGCCACUGAUCGAGAGCCUAAUUCUGCAAGAUAGGUACGAGUGGAUACGAGGGGAGUUGGGAGUUGUCAGAGGGAAAUAUAGAGUGGAUGAGGAAGGGAGGAUAACGGUGCGGAACGGGAACAUGACAAUCGAGAUGGUCAAUUUGUUCGAUCAGGCUACAGGGAGUGGGCGGAAUGUCGCACUUGUCGUGAGUCCUGCUUAA